GCCACCCAGCCAGUCAGCCAGCCAGUCAGCCAGCCAGCCAGCCAGUCAGCCAGUCAGCCAGUCAGCCAGCCCACAGCUCUUCUACUGGUACAGUACUACUCCUCUUCCUCCAGCAACCAUGACAGAGAGACAUAUCCCCUUCAGCCUGCUCCGCACCCCCAGCUGGGACCCCUUCCGUGACUGUUACCAGGGCAGCCGGCUCUUUGACCAGGCCUUCGGCAUGCCGGCCCUCCCUGAGGAGUUCCCCACCUUCCCCAGCACCCACUGGCCCGGCUACAUGCGCCCAUCUGCCCUUAGCCCUGACAUGUCCACUGCUGGAUUCAUACCCUCCAUGAUGCCCCAGAGCCCUGUGAUGUCCCCCCUGCAUAGUGCCAUGAUGCAGGCUGCCAUGAUGCCCCAGGCCGCGGUGAUGCCCCAGGCUCCCAUGAUGGCUCAGGCUGGGGCAGCAUCGUACGCCCUUGCCCUCUCCCGCCAGCUCAGCUCUGGCAUGUCUGAGAUCAAGCAGACUCAGGAGACCUGGAAGGUCACUCUGGACGUCAACCACUUCUCCCCUGAGGAGCUGGUGAUCAAGACCAAGGAUGGCGUGGUGGAGAUCACUGGCAAGCAUGAGGAGAGGAAGGACGAACAUGGAUUCGUGUCCAGAUGCUUCACCAGGAAAUACACCCUGCCCCCUAUGGCCGACGCUGAGAAGGUGACGUCCACCCUGUCCUCUGAGGGAGUUCUGACCGUGGAGGCUCCUCUGAACAAGCAGGCCAUCAAGGCUGCAGAGAUCUCCAUUCCUGUCAUCAUGGGCAGCAGUAAGACCAAAACCCUGACGACAUGACGAUGAGGAAGGGAAGUGGCAAUGGGUACCACCACCCUG